CAUUGACACACACUUUCACACUCACCACAUACGCUGCUGCUACUGUCUUAUCUAUCCUGUUGCCUAGUCACUUUACCCCUACCUAUAUGUACAUAACUACUUCAAUUACCUUGUAAACCUGCACAUCGACAUUUAUUGGACUCUGCCGACACCUCGUGUGUGACUGGUGUCUUGCUCAGAAGCACGAGAGGCUUCCACGUCAUCUUUACUGGGUUGGUGUUUAUAACACAUAGACCAGGAUAUUGCACUUUUUGUCAACUCACGGAGCAUGGAAAAGUAGCUAGUUGGAGCUGUGGUGACAUUGAAACGCAUAAUUAGAGGACUAUAGAGUCACCAAUACGUUUAGAAAUGGAUGACGAUGUUACCAUUGAGGACGAAGGUGGACCAGAAAUACAGAAGACACCCCUUGGAAACCAGGAUUUAAGUUUCCUGCAACAAACUGUCGGACCAUUGGUGGCAGAAUAUGGAUGGUAUCUGUUGUUCAUGUGUGUGGGGGUCUACCUGGUGGUCCAGCACCUGAGCAAGAGGAGAGCCAGCCAGGGACAGAGCAGCUCGGCGUCUGGAGCAGUGCAAGAUCCCAAUGCAGUAGUGAGGAGACAAGAGGCACUGGAGGCGUCCAGGAGAAGAAUGCAGGAGGAGCUGGAUGCCAAGGCGGCCCUCUUCAGGCUGAAACAACAACAGCUGGAGGAGGAGAAGAGACAACAGAAAAUUGAGAUGUAUGACAGCAUGAAAGAGGGGAGGAGUUACAGAGGAAAAGCAAAGGCAGCCCAGAACACUGAAGAGGCCAGCACAUCGACUACAGUGUUGAAAGCAAAGACUGACAAGAAGCCCCUACGGAGCAGUGGCUUUAAUCCCCUGAGCGGAGAGGGAGGUGGAUCCUGUGCGUGGAGACCAGGAAGGAGAGGGCCGUCAGCUGGCGGCGGAUGAGGUUAAAGGAGGUCAGAGCCACAGGCUCAGGGUAGACAUCUCCCCCUUAACCCGGAUCUAGGAUCAGAAUACCCUACUAUCGUUCCUAACAUGAACUAUUAGGAGGAUGGAAGAAAUAUCUGACCCUGUAUCUGUGGCUAGGUGUGACUUGUGCCUACUCUGAGGUGACCUGUGAACUCUGAUAUUUGACCCAUCCGAGUCACACACACUGACCCACUGAAGGAAGCUGCCAGCAAUCUCAAAGCCCUCUUAGUUAUUGAUCUAAAUCAAUCUGUUAUUUGUUACUCUCUGUGUUUGGGUUUAGGGAUUGGUUUCACAACUGUCUGUGUUUUAGAUCAUGUUGCCUCAGUAAUAUUAGCAUUGUCAAAAAAUACAAUGUGUUGCCACAUGAUAACGAUGGAUCCUUUCUGUUUUACUGCCUUUGGACAACUUCAAACUAACCAGUGUUGAAAACGAUUGUCUUGUUUCCACAUUAAAAUUUUGGCUUAUUGAAUCAUCUUAUUUCAGGACACCCGAGAAGGACUUCUGAGUACGACAGUUUCUAAUGAUGCUAUUCCUGUAAAUGGCACCUGUGCCAGUGGGUUUGGCUGAUGACUUUCAGUGUAUGUGUGUUUUCUUGUCUUCUUUUGGGGUUGGCAUCUGUGUAAACUUUCAAAUGUGCGCUGCCUACCAAGGCUUCAUGUUGUGAGAGUAGAUGCUAGCCAGAUGGCUUUAGUAGUGCUGUGCACCAUACUGCUUUUUAUACAAUUACAUAAAUCAGAUGUAACCGUUAGUCAUCGUGUUAUUUAUUGGAAUAUCAAUGAUCAUCAAGCAAUUUUAGUUACUGAGAAAUAAACUGACCUGCACCUUUUUAUCACAAUAAAGAUAUUAUAGAUAA